GAAAAACAGCUCAACAUUUUUGGAUUAACCGAGCCGCUUGAAUGUUUUCUUAUACCUAUUUACAUAAUAAGAACAAUUAUAGCUAACAGUGUUUAAUUUGAAUUUUCAGGUGACUUAAUAGCUAGACACAUGCACAUUUUCAAAAUGAACGAAUUUUUUCGAGGUAUGAGUUUACCACAGCCAGAAGUCAUCGAACCACUGGAAAAAAAACUACCCAAACAAACAUUAUCUAUUCCACAUUUGUUGGACUUUUUAAAGAUGUGCCUAGAAAAAGACCCAUUGAGACGAUGGACAUGUGACCAACUGUUACGACACCCUUUUUUCGAUAACUUCUCGUUCAAGUACCCGGAAGGAGACUUAUACGAGUUUGAAAAACUUAAGACAUUUCGAGAAAAAUCAAAGAACGGACAUUACGUGAACAUCGCGUCAACGCUGUUUCCACAGAUACCGAGCAACAAUCAAAGCCCCGACUUGACUCGUCCCUUGAAAGUGGCGCAAAAACAUUUCGACCAUUUACCAGACAUAUGACCAAAACUAUGUCUGCAAAAAUAUUAACGUCGUCAGAAGUCAUCACAUAACAAUCAUACUAUACCUACUACCUAUAUAUAUACCUAAAUAAUUAACCUUGCAUAUAUACCGAAGGAGAUUUCACCUGUUUACCUAUUAUGUACCUGCUGUGUUGUGAAAAAUAUUUAUUAUAUUAUGUUCAAAGUUUAUUUACUAUAAUUUAUCUCAUGUUUUUAUGAUAAUAUUAUAUUUUACUCAUUAUUAUUAAUUUACAUUAUUCUAACGUACCAAUAUUGAUUCAUUAUACCGAUUAUAUCCUGUAUUUUAAUGAUGCUUGUUUACACAUUUUAAACAUAGGUGAAUAUAUUAAAAAAAUUGUAAACCCGUCUUUUGCAAAAGAAUCAUAAAAAUACAAAAUAAUUUAAACGCGUAUAUCAGCUAUGAUUGUUGAACAAUAAACAGUAACAAAUAUAUCGAGUUUACUUUUUGAUAUUAUUUGUUUAAUAACCUGCAAUGCUUUGAAUUUAGUAUUUUAGAUAAU